AUGUCUCGCUUACGUUCUACGUAUUCUAACGAUGACACUUCCAACGAUGCUGGUGCUGGAGCAGGUGCCGUACAGUUUGCUAUUGGGAAAACACUUGAAGAUAAAGCUAGAAAUAAUAAUGACUCAUUAUUUUCGUCUGUCAAUGAAUUAGUCAGAGGCGCUUUACAUGUGCUUAUCAAAUAA